GCACCCAACACAAAAUGUCCAUAAAAAAAAAACCCUCCCUCUCUCUCUCUCUCUCUCUCUCUCUCUCUCUCUCUCUGUUCCAAAAUCCUCCAAAGCCUGACAGAAAUCAUCAGAGACAAGUAAGUCAUCUUCUUCCCACUCUUCUCCUUCAAAUUCUUUAUGCCAAAUGUAAAAUCUUUCUCAGUUCAUAUUAAAUUCUGGGAAAUUUUUCCAACACAUUCAGAGGGUAGUAAUUUGAUUGAUUGAUUGAUUGGAUUAUUAAGUUAAUUAGGAUUACGAUGAUAUCUUUAGAGGGUUUUGAGCCCGUAGCUGUUUCUCCCCAGAAACAAGACCCGGCAUGGAAACACUGCCAACUUUUCAUGAAAGACCAACCCAAUGGGGGUAAAGUUGAGUUGAAAAAGUGUAUAUAUUGUGGCAAAUUGUUUCAGGGUGGUGGGAUUAAUCGCCUUAAAUCCCACCUUGCCGGUCGGAAGGGCAAUGGCCCCACCUGUGAUCAUGCCCCGCCCGAUGUUAGAAUCGUAAUGUUGCAGAGUUUGAAUGAUGGGAUUGCAGCGUUUAGGCAGAGGAAGAGUCAUAUUGUUGCUAACCCACAUUGUAGCAUUAGCGAAGUUGACGGUUCAUUAGGCGAAAAUGGAGAGUAUAAAUUGGUUGUAGGACCCGAUUCGAAUGCGCUGGUGAAUGAUGAGGAGGUUGGUGGGUUGAGUGGGAAUGGAGGAAUUAGGUUAACUGAUAAUUUGACUAAUGUGCCCCUUCAAGUAGAUAAUUCUUAUAGGAGUAAUGCUCAGCAGGGAUUAAUUGGAGAGGCCAAAUUGUAUUUUUCGGUAGAUGAAGAGGAAGAUGGUGGGACGAGUGUUGAUCGAGGAGUACGGCGGAGGGGUAGACCUUCUGGUGGUGCUACCGGUUCUGGUUCAGUUAAUGGCGUUACGAAAUUUAGUGUUUCCGCUCCUUUUCCUAUUUCAGUAGGCAAUGCUUUUCCCAAUUCAACUUUUUCACAAAACCAAGAAGAAGUUGGCAUCAAACUGAAUUUUUCUUUAGAUCAGGAAGAAGAUGUUGGAUUGAGUGUUGAUAGAAGAGUAAGGCGGAGGGGUACACCUUGUAAAGAAGCUACUGGUUCUGGUUCAGUUAAUGGUGUUACGAAAUUGAGUAAUGCUUCACCUCCUGUUCCUAUUGCAAUAGGUAAUGCUUUUCCCAAUUCAAAUUUGUUGGAAAAUAAAGAAGUUGGCAUAAGUAAUACAAAUGUGAGUGGGAAGAGGGUAAGGGAUGAAGAUGCUUCGGGGGCUGCCAAUGAUGGAACCAUAGGCAAUGAUUACGAGGUAACAAGGUUGAGCAUUGAACAGAUUCAUAUGGCAAUUGGUCGGUUUUUAUAUGAAAUUCAGGCUCCCCUGGAUGCAGUAAAGAACUCUGUUUAUUUCCAGCCAAUGAUUGACGCAAUUGCCUCUGGGGGAAAGGGGACUGUAGCACCCUCAUAUGAUAACAUUCGGGGUUGGAUGUUGAAGAAUGCAGUUGAAGAGGUGAAGAGUGAAAUUCAACAACACACGGAAACAUGGGUGAGGACGGGUUGUUCUCUUCUAGUCAACCAAUGGAAUUCUGAAAAGGGUAGAACUUUGCUAAAUUUUGCAGUGUACUGUCCUGAAGGAACAAUCUAUUUGAAAUCUGUGGAUGCUUCUUAUUUUGUUUUUUCUCCAGAUGCUUUGUUUGUAUUUUUUAAGGAAGUGGUGGAAGAAAUUGGAGUUGGACAUGUUUUGCAAGUCAUUACAAAUACUGAAGAGCAAUUUUCUGUUGUUGGGAAGAAGUUGAUGGAUACGUUCCCUACUCUGUACUGGUCUCCCUGUUCCACCGCUUGCAUAGGUUCCAUCCUUGAGGAUUUUGGAAAAGUUGAAUGGAUAAAUUCUGUAAUUGAACAGGCUAGAUCUGUUACAAGAUUUAUCUACAAACAUGUUGUCAUUUUGAACAUGAUGAGAAGGUAUACAUUUGGGAAUGACAUUGUUAGGCUGGGAGUAACUAGGUUUGCGACAAACUUUAUGGCAUUGAAACAAAUGGCUGACCUUCAAUAUAAUUUGCAGUCAAUGGUUACUUCAAACGAGUGGAUGGACUGCCCCUAUUCUAAAACACCAGAAGGAUCGGCAGUGUUAGAUAUACUAAGUAAUCAUUCAUUUUGGUCUUCGUGCAUUUUGAUCACCCGUUUGACUAAUCCACUCUUGCGAGUUUUGAGAAUUGUUGGUAGCCAGAAGAGGCCAGCGAUGGGAUAUGUUUUUGCAGGGAUGUAUCGAGCAAAAGAAACAAUCAAAAGAGAACUUGUCAAGAAAGAAGAAUAUAUGGUGUACUGGAACAUUAUAGAUCACAGAUGGAAAAAAAUAGUGGAUUUUCCCCUUCAUGCUGCAGGAUUUUACCUUAAUCCCAAGUUCUUUUACAGCUUCAAUGGAGACAUGCAUAAUGAAAUUGUGUCGAGGAUGUUUGACUGCGUAGAGAGAUUGGUUCCUGAUAUAAAAGUCCAAGAUGAAGUAAUCAAAGAGAUAAACUUGUACAAAAAAGCUUUUGGAGAUUUGGGGAGGAAUUUGGCAGUCCGAGCGAGGGACAAUCUGCUUCCUGCUGAAUGGUGGUCAACAUAUGGUGGUGGUUGCCCAAACCUGUCGCGCUUGGCAAUUCGUAUUCUCAGUCAAACUUGCAGCUUAGUUCAGUGUCAGGAGAAUCAGAGUCCCUUCGAACAGUUGCAUAAGACAAGGAACAGCUUAGAACAUCAGCGGCUUAAUGAUCUUGUUUUUGUUCAAUACAACUUCAAACUAAAACAGAAGGUUCAUAAGCACAAAGAACAGGAGUACACGGAUCCUACAUCAUUUGACCAUGACAGCAUUGCCGAAGACUGGGUAGCAGAGAUGGAGAUGCACCAAGAAGACAUUGAAAAUCCUGAUUGGAGGUCACUUGAUCCCCCCUCUGAGAACUCGAGGCUUUUAGAACUUUCGGUUGAUGAAGUAGAAGAAUUGGGUUCAGGGUUUGAUGACAAUGAAAUUUUGAACGGAUUGAAAAUGGUCAAAGAAGAAUGUUAAACACAACGCUGUAAGCCGGCAGGACAGAAUGCAAAGACAAACAUCGUUAUGAGUUCACUACACCACCGUCACUUUCUUCGAGUGCCUACAGUGAGCAAAGCACUUUAGCAAAGUCGUAUGUCUCGAGAUACUACUCGGGCCCGAUUAUUUUCUUUCCCUGGCAUUACUGCAGAGUGAUCGAUUCUGAGAUGCUAAUGUAUACAAACGUACGAGGAAAAAUACGUGAUCGUGACCAGCAUCCCGUGAUGUGAAUUGGUUGGGCAAGUUCCUGCAACAUGUAGGUAGUUUACAUGGUAGAAAAAUAGGGCUUUGUAGCUGACAAUUGGAAUGCUGAAGCUUUUAACUUUUCAGAUAUCCUUGUAGUUAUAAAUCAUUUUGCAUGUUGCUGACAAAUUUAAGCUAGGUUGAAGGAAUUUGCAAGGUAUCAAGAGGGAAACAAUAGGCUUUACUUUGCAGAAUGUUCAUUAAGAGCAUCUCCAAACAGGGUGGGGAGAUGCAAAAUCAUAUUCACAUCUCGUUUUAUAUUUUCGGGAGGUGUAAAUGAGAGUUCUACACUAACUGGAGAGAUGUGAAUUUGAGAUCUUAUUUAAUUCUCUCUCUAUUUUUUCGGCCGAGAUGAAUAUUUUACAUCUCUUCAUUGAAGAAAUUUCCGGCAACUAAAAAUGAAAAUUGCACGUUUC